CCGUCACAACAGUCAGUCUGGUGCUGCAGCAGCAGAGAGACAACAUCAGCAUCAGUAUGGCUGUGGAGAUGGAGCCCGCGGAUGUGAUCCGUCUGAUAAUGCAGUACCUCAAAGAGAACAACCUCUACCGGACGCUGACCACGUUACAGGAGGAAACCACCGUCUCCCUCAACACAGUGGAAAGCAUCGAAAGCUUUAUUGCAGAUAUAAACAAGGGUCACUGGGACUCUGUCCUGCUGGCUAUUGAAUCUCUCAAGUUGCCUGACAACAUACUUAUUGACCUUUAUGAGCAGGUUGUUAUGGAGCUCAUUGAAAUGAGGGAGGUGGGCGCAGCUCGCUCGCUCCUCAGGCAAACCGACCCGAUGAUCAUGCUGAAGCAGACCCAGCCAGAAAGGUACGGCCACCUGGAGAACCUGCUAACCUGUUCCUACUUUGACCCUCGUGAGGCGUACCCAAAAGGAAGCAGCAAGGAGAAGCGGCGCAGAGCCAUAGCUGAGGCUCUGGUGAGGGAGGUCAGCGUGGUGCCCCCCUCCCGCCUCAUAGGACUCCUGGAACAAGUUGGUUCUAUGAAACUACAGCAGUAUACAGAUCACCUCUCCCCUGAUAUGACCAUUGAUACAUCUGCCUGCAAAGAGAAAUAUGUGGAGAAAGAGACCUUUCCAAACCAGCUGUACCGCCACAUCAAGUUUGGGCGGCGGUCACACGUGGAAUGUGCCCGUUUCUCACCCGAUGGAAAGUAUUUAAUUACGGGGUCAGUAGAUGGCUUUAUUGAGGUCUGGAACUUCAACAGUGGAAAAAUUAGCAAGGAUUUAAAAUAUCAGGCCCAAGACAGCUUCAUGAUGAUGGAUGAUGCUGUGCUGUGCAUGUGCUUCAGUCAGGAUACAGAUCUACUGGCUACUGGAGCUCAGAAUGGCAAAAUAAAGGUGUGGAAGAUCCAGAGCGGCUUGUGUAUGCGUAGGUUUGAGCAUGCUCACAACAAAGGCGUGGCCUGUCUGGGCUUUUCCAAAGACGGCAACCAGAUCCUCAGUGCCUCCUUCGACCACACCAUCAGAGUCCAUGAGCUGAAGUCAGGCAAGACGCUAAAGGAGUUAAAUGGCCAUUCAUCAUUCGUAAACGAUGUGUUCUUCACUCAAGAUGGAUUUCACAUCAUCAGCGCCUCAUCAGAUGGCACUGUGAAGAUUUGGAACACAAAAUCCUGUGAGUGCAUCCACACUUUUAAAUGUCUGUCGAGGACACUGGAUGUCCCCGUCAACAACGUGAUCCCUCUCCCCCAGAAUCCAGAGCACUUUGUGGUUUGUAACCACUCCAACGCUGUGGUCGUCAUGAGCAUGCAUGGCCAGACUGUGAAGACCUUCAGUUCAGACAGAAAAAGAGCAGACUUUGUGUGUUGCACCCUGUCACCCCGCGGGGAGUGGAUUUACUGUGUGGGGGAGGACUUAGUGCUCUACUGCUUCAGCUAUACAACAGGAAGGCUGGAGAAAACGCUGACUGUUCACGAGAAAGACGUAAUUGGCAUCACUCACCACCCACAUGAGAAUCUGAUUGCCACGUACAGUGAAGACGGUCUGCUGAGGCUAUGGAAGCCUUAAAGUGUCACCUGCAUUAUAUUGUGGAGGACCUACACAGCUGUUGACAUGGUGUAUUAAAAUCUAUUUGUGCCAUGAAAAUGCUUUGAAAAAACAAUCAAUGAAUAUGAAAAAACCACCUUUAAAUUAUAAAUAAAUUUACCAAUCAAAGUUUUCCCCCCCACUUUAAAGGAUUCUGUAUGUUGGUUUCUUUUUUUUUAAAAUUCCUUGUGGAAAAUUUAAGGUAAGAAUGCCAAUAUUUAUGUUUUCUUUAAGUCAGCAA